AAAUCAAUGAACAAGGCGAAGUCGGGACCAUGGCAGUUUUGUUUAAAUGAUCAUUGUCUUAUUUUAUGUUCACUGGAAUUUCUUGAAUAUGUAUAGACGUUUGUGUCCUUUCCGUAAGCAGCAAAGUAAAUACGUUUAUACAUUUUUAUUUGAUACCGUAACCUUGUGAAAGGUGACGAACGCAAAGAAACUCCAGCAGGUUUUAGGUUAUAUUUAUUGUAUUUAAUUUUACUUUCGCUAUGGGUGUAGUUCUGCGAAAUCUCCAGAAUGUGGUUCCCCUGAGACGCGCCAAACUGCGCAAAGAUGUGGAGAUACUGAGACACAUAUUUGGGGUCCAGAAGUUUGACAUGGGCAUCAUAUGUGUGGACAACCGAAAGAUUCAACGCAUCAAUCACGUCUACAGGAAAAAGAACCAGCCCACAGAUGUGCUGUCUUUCCCUUUCUAUGAGGAUCUGAGGCCGGGUAAAGUCCCAUGUGCCCUGCAAAGAGAUGAGUAUAACUUAGGUGACAUCUUCUUAGGUGUAGAGUAUGUAAUGCAACAGUGUAAAGAGACAUCUCAGGAUCUUCAUGAAGCACUCACAGUGGUUACAGCUCAUGGAAUCUGCCACUUACUGGGAUACAGACAUGAAACUGAAGAGGAGUGGAAUGAGAUGCAGCAGAAAGAAAGUUACAUUCUCAGCGAGUUCAACAGGCUAACAGGUCGUCACCUUGAGCCACUCACAAAGAGAUGCACGUAGGACAUGUGACGAUACACACCGGACCCAUUCUUGAAAACUUUUGGAGGGGUUUUGCACAUUUGCUGCUAACAUGCACUACUUAGAAGUCUAAAUUAAAAAAACAAAAAAAAAAACAAAAUCAAACAAACUUUUUCUAAAUAAAUUUUAUUUAAAAUGUGUUUAAGGAAGUCAAAGACUGAAUACUAAGCAAUUAAGUAGAGCUUAUACCACUGUUUCAGAGAACACCAUACACACAAUGUCCAAACAAGUCCCACUCUUCCAUGAGCCUACUCAGAUGACCAGAACAGAAAACAUGAAAAAAAGUGGUUACCGAAGACAUGGAAAUGAGAAUGACAGUACAGUACAAAUCAGACAGUGAACAAGGUCCUAAAAUAAAUAAUAUCAGCUGACUUCAUAUGAAGCAUCCGCACAGGAUGCUUCCUAUAUUCAGUAAAGAUGUGUGAACGUUUUUCAUUUGAUGUCUUUCUGAAGACAGACAUUCUACACAAUGGCUGUGCAACCUCACACUGUAAAGCUCUAUA